UCGGAUAUUAAAUCAAUCAUAAAUUCAUGCGCACGCUUAUUGUUAACUCCAUGCGUUUAACUGGAAUCUAGUUCGAAAAAAAAAAAAAAAAAAAAAGAAAGAAAAAAAAUAAAGAAAAAAAAAGAAGAAGAAGAAGAAGAAGAAGAAGAAAAAAGAGACAAGAAAGAAAAAAACGUGAAAGAUCCAAUAUAUGCGCUAGUAUAGAAGUUGCAGACUUCUUGAAUAAACACACCGGGUAUGUCAUCUAUUUCUUAACAACUCUUAGGUACAUAUGAUCGGUAUGAUCUUUUAGUAGUCCUCGUAUCUAUCUACCUGUCAAAUGAAGAUGUAAAUGAGAAAGAAUGAGUGUGUGAAGUUUAAAAGACUCUUUUUAACAUACGGUAAUGCAAUCGAUGCAAUUUAUCCGAUUAACUCGGAAAAUUAGGCAAAGGUAGAAAGAAACCUUUCAAGUGAUUGAGAGAGUUCUAGUAUCUAUCGGUUAAAUACAGUUAUGGCUCUUCGUAAAGUAAAAGGAAAUUUCGAACGAAUGUUCGACAAAAAUUUGACGGAUUUAGUGCGUGGCAUUAGAAAUAACAAAGAGAACGAGGCAAAAUAUAUUGCACAAUGUAUAGAAGAAAUCAAACAAGAAUUGCGCCAAGAUAAUAUUGCAGUAAAGGCAAAUGCAGUUGCUAAGUUAACAUAUUUGCAAAUGUUAGGAUAUGACAUUAGUUGGGCUGGAUUUAAUAUAAUUGAGGUCAUGUCAUCUGCCAAAUUCACUUAUAAACGUAUAGGAUAUUUAGCUGGUAGUCAAAGCUUCCAUGCAGAUACAGAGCUUUUGAUGUUGACCACAAACAUGAUACGCAAAGAUUUAAAUAGUCAAAAUCAAUAUGAUGCUGGAUUGGCUCUUAGUGGUUUAUCUUGCUUUAUAAGUCCAGAUCUGGCACGUGAUUUAGUUAAUGACAUAAUGACUUUGUUAACAUCUACAAAGCCAUAUUUACGCAAGAAAGCAGUUUUAAUGAUGUACAAGGUGUUCUUGCGAUUUCCAGAAGCAUUAAGGCCUGCUUUUCCUAGAUUGAAAGAAAAACUUGAAGAUCCAGACAGUGGCGUACAGUCUGCAGCUGUCAAUGUAGUUUGUGAGUUGGCAAGAAAGAAUCCAAAAAAUUAUUUAAGUUUGGCACCUGUUUUUUUCAAAUUAAUGACAACAUCGACUAACAAUUGGAUGCUCAUAAAAAUCAUCAAAUUGUUUGGCGCAUUGACACCUCUAGAACCUAGGCUUGGCAAAAAGCUAAUAGAACCCCUUACCAAUUUGAUACACAGUACAUCUGCUAUGUCUUUGCUGUAUGAGUGCAUCAACACUGUAAUAGCUGUAUUAAUUUCUAUAUCAUCUGGUAUGCCAAAUCAUUCAGAUUCAAUACAACUGUGUGUGCAGAAAUUAAGAAUAUUAAUAGAGGAUUCGGAUCAAAAUUUAAAGUACUUGGGCUUGUUAGCAAUGUCAAAAAUAUUAAGGACACAUCCUAAAAGUGUACAAGCUCAUAAAGAUCUUAUUAUGCAAUGUCUCGAUGACAAAGAUGAAAGUAUAAGAUUGCGUGCCUUGGAUUUAUUAUAUGGAAUGGUAUCAAAAAAGAAUUUAAUGGAAAUAGUUAAAAAAUUAAUGGUGCAUAUGGACAAAGCUGAAGGCACUACAUACAGAGAUGAAUUACUUUCAAAGAUCAUACAAAUCUGUUCUCAAAAUAAUUACCAAUUUAUAACAUAUUUUGAAUGGUACAUAUCUGUAUUGGUGGAACUCACACGAAUGGAAGGCACCAAGCAUGGACCAUUAGUAGCCACUCAAUUACUUGAUGUAGCAAUCCGGGUACAAGCUAUACGUAAAUAUGCAGUUCACCAAUGUGCCUUACUGCUUGAAAAUUCAUAUCUUUUAACUGGUCAACCACGAGCUACUAUGUCUGAAGUUUUAUAUGCAGCUGCUUGGAUAUGUGGAGAAUUUUCUAGUGAACUAGAAGAUCCUUUGGCAACAUUACAAUCAAUGUUGCGAUCACAAGCAUCCAGUUUGCCAGGACAUAUUCAAGCAGUUUAUGUGCAUAAUAUUUUAAAACUUGCUGCAGCAAUAUUAUAUAAAGCAGAGAAAGAAGGUGACAAUGAAACGAUGGAACAAAUUUUUGCAUUGAAAGAUAAAAUAGCGGCAUUUGUGUGCAGUGGUGAUUUAGAGGUUCAAGAGAGAUCUAGUUCUGCAUUGGUUUUAUUUGAAUGCUUGAAAGAAAAUCCUGGCAUGGCUGAAGAAUUAAUGGAAGCCUUUGAAGGUGAACUUAAUCCUGUUGCUCCUAAAGCUCAAAGAAAGGUACCUAUACCUGAUGAUUUAGAUCUAGAUUCGUGGAUCAAUGAUCCACCCUCGGAAAGCUCUGAUUCCGAGGAUAUGGACAUGAACGAAAUCUUUGUGAAAUCAGAGAAGUCUAAUAAUUCUUUCAUGAAACGAGAAACUAACGAACCUACGGUAGAAGAACUUCAAAAGAGAAGAGAGGCUAGAAAAUUGGAACAGCAAAAUAAUCCUCAUUAUUUGAAGGGAUCAUUUAAGAAUUCCACAUCAUAUCAUAAUUCAACAAAUUUUUAUGAAGACUUUGAGAACAUUCCAGUUACUGAAUUAGACAUACCAGUGUCUCUAAAAAUAUCGAAUUAUUCUAAUUCUAGUAAAUAUCACAAUAUGAGUGUGGAUAAUAAUUACAAGAGACAUAAAAAACAUGGCAAGAAAAAGAAAUCGAAAAAAAAUAAACAAUCGGCAUCAGAAGAUGAAAGGGAAGAAGAUUAUCCUACACAAGUUAUAAAUACAGGUAUUGGUGAACUUCCACCAGGGGCAGAAAUAAGUGAUAGCGAUGAUUAUGAUAUGAUCGAUGCAAAUGAUCCACAUCGAGCUUUAAAUAUUGAUUUAGACAUGCCUUUGCGGGAGGACGAAAGAUUACCGGUUUUGGAACACAGAGUAGUAGAGAAUAGUCCAAAUCAGAAAGUUACAGAGGUAAAGACAAUAAAAAAAGAUAAGGGUCAUAGAAAAACAAAAAGAAAGAGUAAAUGUGUUCAAGAAAAACAGGCUGAUAAUCAAAUAAGUAUGACUGAUAUGUGGUUAGAAGAUAAUACUGAAGAAGCAGGUUCUUCCUCUAUUCAAGAUUACGCAGAAGUGAAUAGUAAAAAAAAUGUAGAUAUACGAAAAGAUAAUAAGAGAAAAAAAUCUAAGAGUCAGGAGAAACAUAAAAAAGUGAAGGAAGUCGAUACCAAACAUAAAAAAUCAAAAAAAUCAAAAAGUAAGAAAGAGAAGAAGUCGUCGGAUUAUGAAGAAACAGCUGGUAUAUCUACGCCCUCCAAAGAAAUAUUGCCAGAGUUAAGGAAUGACUUAGUUAUUACUGAAAAUAGUUUGAAUUCUAUUCAACCAUUAAUCGCGUAUGAUGAAUUAUCUAAGAAUAAAACUAUUUCUAUGAUGUAUGAAUUAAAGCAAAUUGCAGAUGACACUAGUAAAAUAAUUGUAUCAAUACUCAUUACUAAUAUAGGUCAAAAGCUCGUAAAAGAAAUAAGGUUCGAUAUUACGGAUACGUCAACAUUGAAAUUAAUGAAAAAUAAUGGCGAUGAAUAUGGAAUGAAAUUGCCAUUCCAACUACCUCCACAAUCCAGUAAAGAAACUCAAUUUACCAUAUUAAUAUCCGAUGUAACGUUCGCUCAAAAAUUGAGAGGGACAUUGACGUAUAUGCUUGAAAAUAUGGAAGGAACAAUACAAGAAAAACUCGACUUUACUAUAAAUUUAUCGUGUAGUAAAUUUAUGGUUGGACAUUUGUCUCAUAAAGAUAUAUUAACGGAGUUGCUUAAAAGUGGUCAACUAGUAUCUAGAAUAAAAAAAGAAAUCGUCCCGUCUCAGGAAUUUAAUGCAGUUUUAAAUACUGUCUGUUGCAAAUGCAAUCUCACACUCGUGGAACAAAUAAAUAAUACCGCAUCUUUGUAUGGUCAUUCAUUGAAAGGACAUCAUGUGUGCCUUUUAUUAAAAUAUAAUAAAUCGACAGGUAAUUUGUUGAUCGAAGGUAAAGGUGACAAUAACUCUCUCCUGUCAGGAAUUGCGGAAGAGAUAUCGAGGCUUCUGACAUAAAAGAAAGUGUACCUAUGUUUAAAAACAAAAAAAAAAUCUGAUGAUUCCUAUCAUUCAUUACAGUCAUAUUCAACAAACCUUUACAUUCAGCGAAGAAAUAUUUUCCAGAAUCUGUUAUGUAUGAGAUAAUGAUUAUAGGAAAUUCGCCUGCUAAUUCAUUAAUCAUUACAUAUUUUUAGAUGGAGUUCUUAUCUAAGCACUGUAUAAUUUAGAUCAUAAAAUUUGUUAAAUAUACAUACAUAUAUAAGAGUUAUACAUAUGUAUACAUAUAUACAUGGAUAAAUACAUACAAUAUACAUGUAUAUGUGGGUUAUCAGGAUUCUAAAAAACAAACGAACAAAAAAAAACAAAAAAAAAAAAAAAGAAAAAAGAAAGAAAAGAAAAAGAAAAAAAAUAGAGAGAGAAACAUUUAUUCACAAAUUAAAAAGACAUCGAUACAAAAAGUAGGGAAUAAUUGAAAUAAAUUUAUAUUAUUUCGGAGUCGCCUACUUUUUGUGCUGCUGCCUCGUUUUAUAGAGUAAAUUUAUUUUAAAAAUUCGAAGAAGAGAAGAAAAGAUUAAGAAA